AUGUUCACUGGACCAGCUGGAUUGAGAAUAAGCGAGUUCACUUUAGACCACUCUCAACAAUCUGAUGUCGGCCACAGAGGGAUAUCCAAGAAAAAAGAAUUGAUGGUACAGGGAUUGUCAAAGAAAGCAGGGAGGUCACCUGUGUCCUUGAAACUUGGAACUAACGGCGUCCCAAAUCUCGUGCCUUGGCGAAGAUCUGACGAUUGUAGCGAGUGA